CGGCUCCGGGGCUUGCCCAGGUAUGACCGCCUCGCUGCAGAGCCUCGGGCCGGCGCUGCUGCUCCCCUGGACCGCGCUGCUGAUCGGCGCUGCGGCUGCUUCCCAGAAUCAAGAACGGUUAUGUGCAUUUAAAGAUCCAUAUCAGCAAGAUCCAGGGAUUGGUGAGAGUCGUAUAUCCCAUGAAAAUGGCACUGUUUUAUGUUCAAAGGGUAGCACCUGCUAUGGACUUUGGGAAAAAUCUAAAGGGGACAUAAAUCUUGUGAAACAAGGAUGUUGGUCUCACAUUGGAGACCCUGAAGAGUGUCACUUUGAAGAAUGUGUUGUAACAACCACCCCUCCCUCAAUUCAGAAUGGAACUUACCGUUUCUGUUGUUGCAGAACAGACUUAUGUAAUGUCAACUUCACUGAGAACUUUCCACCUCCUGAUACCACACCUUUGAGUCCUCCUCAUUCAUUUCAUCGAGAUGAGACAAUAGUAAUUGUCCUGGCAUCAGUUUCUGUAUUAGCUGUUUUAAUAGCUGCCCUAUUCUUUGGAUAUAGGAUGCUGGCAGGAGAUCGUAAGCAAGGUCUUCACAGUAUGAACAUGAUGGAAGCAGCCACCUCUGAGCCCUCUCUGGACCUAGAUAAUCUAAAACUUCUGGAGCUGAUUGGUCGAGGACGAUAUGGAGCAGUAUAUAAAGGUUCCUUGGAUGAGCGUCCAGUGGCUGUAAAAGUUUUUUCUUUUACCAAUCGUCAAAAUUUUAUCAAUGAGAGGAACAUUUAUCGAAUUCCUCUUAUGGAUCAUGAUAACAUUGCUCGCUUCAUUGUUGGAGACGAAAGAUUCACUGCAGAUGCAAGAAUGGAGUAUUUAUUAGUGAUGGAAUAUUACCCCAAUGGUUCUUUGUGCAAGUAUUUGAGUCUUCAUACCAGUGACUGGGUAAGCUCUUGUCGGUUGGCACAUUCUGUUACCAGAGGCCUGGCAUACCUUCAUACAGAAUUACCAAGAGGAGAUCAUUACAAACCUGCGAUUUCUCAUCGAGACUUAAAUAGCCGAAAUGUUCUUGUAAAGAAUGAUGGAACCUGUGUCAUUAGUGACUUUGGAUUGUCCAUGAGGCUAACUGGAAAUAGACUUGUCCGCCCUGGGGAAGAGGACAAUGCAGCAAUAAGUGAGGUUGGCACAAUCCGAUACAUGGCACCAGAAGUGCUAGAAGGAGCAGUUAAUCUGAGGGACUGUGAAUCUGCUCUAAAACAAGUAGACAUGUAUGCACUUGGCCUAAUCUACUGGGAAAUAUUUAUGAGAUGUACUGAUCUCUUUCCAGCAGGUGAAUCUGUGCCAGAGUACCAGAUGGCCUUCCAGACAGAAGUAGGGAACCGCCCCACUUUUGAAGACAUGCAGGUCCUGGUGUCUAGGGAAAAGCAGAGGCCCAGAUUCCCAGAAGCUUGGAAAGAAAACAGUCUGGCUGUGAGAUCACUGAAGGAAACAAUCGAGGACUGUUGGGAUCAGGAUGCAGAGGCUCGGCUUACUGCUCAGUGUGCUGAGGAGAGGAUGGCUGAACUCAUGAUGAUUUGGGAAAGGAACAAGUCAGUCAGUCCAACAGUCAAUCCAAUGUCUACUGCUAUGCAGAAUGAACGCAACCUGUCACACAACAGGCGUGUGCCAAAGAUUGGCCCUUAUCCCGAUUAUUCUUCUUCUUCAUACAUAGAAGACUCCAUUCAUCACCCUGACAGCAUUGUGAAGAAUAUCUCCUUAGAACAUUCAGUGUCCAGCAGCACACCUCUAACUAUAGGCGAAAAGAACCGAAACUCAAUUAACUAUGAACGGCAGCAAGCACAGGCCCGGAUUCCCAGUCCUGAAACUAGCGUCACCAGUCUGUCCACAAACACCACCACUACAAACACCACCGGCCUUACUCCCAGCACUGGCAUGACCACCAUCUCAGAGAUGCCCUACUCCGAUGAAACAAACCUCCACGCCACAAACGUGGCCCAGCCCGUUGGGCCAACCCCCGUCUGCCUGCAGCUCACCGAAGAGGACUUGGAGACCAAUAAGUUGGACCCAAAAGAAGUUGACAAAAAUCUAAAGGAGAGCUCUGAUGAGAAUCUCAUGGAGCACUCACUUAAACAGUUCAGUGGACCAGACCCCCUGAGCAGCACCAGCUCCAGCUUGCUUUACCCAUUGAUAAAACUGGCAGUGGAGGUAACUGGACAGCAGGACUUCACUCAGGCUGGUAAUGGUCAGGCGUGUUUGAUCCCUGAUGUCCCACCUGCUCAAAUCUAUCCUCUCCCUAAGCAACAGAACCUUCCUAAGAGGCCUACUAGUCUACCCCUGAACACCAAAAACUCAACAAAAGAGCCCCGGCUGAAAUUUGGCAGCAAGCACAAAUCAAACUUGAAGCAAGUUGAAACUGGAGUUGCCAAGAUGAAUACAAUCAAUGCUGCAGAACCCCACGUAGUGACAGUCACCAUGAACGGCGUGGCAGGCAGAAGCCACAAUGUGAACUCACAUGUUGCCACAGCCCCGUAUGCCAAUGGUGUGGUGCCAUCUGGGCAGGUGCCCAACUUGGUGACCCACAGAGCCCAGGAGAUGCUGCAGAACCAGUUCAGCGGAGAGGACAGCCGGCUAACUAUCAACUCCAGCCCCGACGAGCACGAGCCUCUCCUGAGACGGGAGCAGCAGGCCGGCCACGAUGAAGGCGUCCUGGAUCGCCUGGUGGACAGGAGAGAUCGGCCCCUGGAAGGUGGUCGCACAAACUCCAAUAACAACAACAGCAAUCCGUGUCCCGGGCAGGAGGUGCUUGCUGUUGACCUUCAGAGCACAGGGGCAGACCCUGGGCAGUCAAAGCCCAGGAGGGCUCAGCGGCCUAAUUCCUUGGACCUGUCAGCCACCAAUGCCCUGGACAGCACUGGUAUGCAGUUAGGUGAGUCAUCACAAGAUGGCAAACCAGGAUCGGGUGAAAAGAUCAAGAAACGUGUGAAAACCCCCUAUUCCCUUAAGCGGUGGCGCCCUUCCACCUGGGUCAUCUCCACGGAACCACUGGACUGUGAGGUCAACAACAAUGGUGGUGAUAGGGCUGCUCAUUCCAAAUCCAGCACUGCUGUUUACCUUGCGGAAGGGGGCACUGCCACAACCAGGGUGUCUCAAGAGACGGGAAUGAACUGUCUAUGAAAUGUCUCACAAGCCUACCCUGAAAAGGACUUUUUUUUUUUUUCAUCACUUAAAACAAACAUGCAGAAGACAUUGAAAAGAAAACAAAAACUUUAUCCUCCUGUCAGCUCCCCCUACCCAGGACUUGUUUUAAAUAGAUUUCAGCUAUGCAGAAAUUUUUUAGCUUAUGCUUCCAUAUUUUUAAGUUGUUUUUUUUUUUGUUGGUUUUUUUUUUAUGUUUUUGCACUUUUAUUUAGUCUCACUAAAGUUAAGUCUGUCUGUUAUGACCACAGAAUUCUAUAUAUGUGUAUCUAGAAGAGGUGGUCUCAAAAUAUUUUUUUAAUGUAUUUCUGAUAAUCUGUUUGGACCAUUUUCCAAAAGGUCACUAAAAUCAGAAGCAGACUCUAAGACAGGUUUGACUACAGUGGUGUCUUGUAUCCAUGUCUAAUUUCUGUGCACAAGCUAGUAUGUAUGUUUAUACGUUCCUGAGUGUAUCUUUUGAACAUCCUUCUUGUGUUCUGUUGGAAUGUGCAAUAGUUUGAAGGCCACAGAAUGCCCAGUGUUUCUGACGUGGACACAGUUGUGUCCUCCCACAUGGUUGAUGCUAGUUAUUUUCUUCCCCAUCAAUUGGGCUGGUCAGAUUGUGUGACUGUGAACUUUGCAUGUUGUAGCCAGCCUCAAACUGCUACCUUGUCAUCUCAUUUCUAAGGUGAUUAUGGAGAGUGCAUAAACCUUGCCGUAAAGGGCCCUAAAUAGGGAAUCACAAAAUUUAAUUUGAAAUGCGGUUCUUUUUAACCUUCCAAAUCUGAAUACAUUUCCUUCCAGGCAUUUUAAGAAACCAUAAUUAGAGUAUUAAUUUUGAAAGUUCUUAAAAUAAAAGAGCAUUGAACAAAAAAUAAGAAAACACAAAUGCCAGCCAUUUUUCCAGUUUAUUUUCCUAUUUGCAUCUGUACUCUUUCCACAUUCAGUCAUAUUAGUAAUGUGUUAUAUAAGGAGUACAUUUUUACCAGAAAACAUGAAGAGCUAACACUGUGAUAUAAUUUUUAAGUAGGUAAAUUGUUUUCUCAUCCCUUCUCUUAACAAUCAGUUCUUUAACUUAAGAGAGGUUCUAUUUCCUAGUUUGAAAAUGAAUUUUAAAAGUAAUUUUUAGUUACGGACCUGUAGUAUCUUGUGUAUUUAGUUCCCAAACAAAGCCGUAUGGCUUCAUCAGAAAAUGAUUCAUCUUCCUAAGACCUAAAACACUGUGUGGAAAAAUUAUUCCGUCAGCAUGCCAAAUGCCUGUGGCAGGAAGGAUUGCUGCCAAACCUGUCUGUCUUAAGCUGAUUGAGGCCGAACUUCUCUCCUUUCAAGUCAUCUCUUUCUUUGCUUUACCUCUUACAUGGUUCCUCCCCCAUUAAAUACUUUUGCCCACUCUCCCCAUGGACUAUUAAUCUACAACUAGCAUAUGUGAUGUGCUGGAUGCCUUUUUCUGCCAUAGCAUGGAUGUGGCCCAUUAUUUGGGCUUUUAUUAGUUCUGAAGCUUCCCCUUACAUCCUUCAUUCCUUCUGAAACAUAUUUAAGCAGCCUCAGAAAUUAGAACACCUUUUAUUAAAUGAAGGAUGCCUUUCUUUCUAAGCACAAUUCUUUGAUAACUUAAUGUGUAUGAACAAUAACAAUCUAAUUUUUGUUUCUCCAUGUAGUCCUAGGGCUUUCUAUACAAUAGCUAAGUAAUUCCCAAAAUAUUGAUCCAAGGAUCUGCCUCCUGAACUGCACUGCAUCAGGCAUAGAACCUUCUCCAGUUGCUUCUCCAUUUAUCCCAAGACAACCAGUCUGACAGACUUUUCCCUUGGAUGCUCAUUUCCUUCUUAAAUUUCCUAGCUACUAUGAGCUUACAUCGUAGAAAUGGAAUAAUUGCAUCACAUUUUGGUUCUUUACAUUGAGUCCUUUGUCCCCUUUUUGGCAGUAGCAAAAAUGCUAGUGAAGUGUCUCACAAACCUAUCCCAAGGCUUGCAUGGUUUGACAUUUCUCUUUAUUUGGACUUCUAUAGAUGUCUCUCAAAUUUCUGCUUAUGUGUAAUAAGCUUGAUUUUUCUAGUGAUAGUAAUCUAUAUAAUGAAAUUAUUUGAAAAAAAUUGUCUUUGUUCUUCAGAAUUUAAAUUCAUUCCUCAGAGACGUUUCAGGGAAUUCUUUUAAAUAAUGGAUAAAAUAUUCAACCCUCAUCCAAUUUGAAGUAUGUUUAAUAGUGGGGAAAGAACAUCCGAGCUUCACUUCAUCCUUUUCUUCCUGCCAUGACAGGAAUUAGUCCACAUUCUAUGUACUUUGUUUGGGGACUAAUUCUUUGUAAGUUUUCCAACAUUUUAAUGCUUGAUGCAAUCAAAUGAUGUGAACAAAGUUUAUACAACAGAUUAAAAAACCUCACUAUAUUACUCAACAAAAGCCUAUUACAAUAGUUGCAUUCCCCCCCCCCCCAAUUUCUCUAACAGUCUGUUGGAGAAAAUAGGCAAGAUAGAAAAUGUGUUUCAUAAAGCAUCUUAUCAGUAAAAUAAUUCUGAAAAAUUGUUUUGUUAAAUAGUCAUUGUUUCAAACUACUUAAUUGCUUAAAUAUGUUUGUAAUUCUUAGUGAAACAAUUUUACUUUAACUGUUUUCAUUGUGACUCUGCUACUGCUGUAUAGCAGUAGGGUAAAAUACGUGGUUCUAAAUUCUGAUGUUUAACUGAUAUUGCAAACAUAGGAAUUUAGAAAAUAGUUUGAUCUUUUUUAGCAAAUAAAAUACUUAUGUUGAAAAUAUUAGAAUGUAGUUCACAAACCAUAGUAAACAAACUUUAAAGAUCUAAUAAGUAACCUAAUUCCAAAAUAGUACCCCUAACUAAAGUUAAACUAGAAUACCAAAAAUCAGUGGUUAAAAGUUUUUGUUUCAUUGUUUUGGGGAAAGGACUUAAUUAUAAUUUAUGAGGAAACUAAUUUUCCUUUCCUUUGUGAAUGGAUGGUUUAUUAGAAGACAGGUAUAUCAUCAGUAGACUGACACUGUAAAUAAGGGAUUGUGCCAAUAUUAUACAAACAAUGACAAGGAUGUUCUGCUUGGUUGGAUGGAAUUCAGUCACAGUUAGGCAAGUGCAGGACCAGGUAGUUUUAUUGUUUUAGCAGAGUAAAAGCUGAGAGAUAAUCAGGCAACAGAAGAUAAAAAUAUGUUUGAAGUUAAUUUUCUCUACUUGCAAACUGAAAAGAUAACUAAAAAGGCCCCCUCAAAAUCAGUCCAAUACAUGCUAC